AUGGGUAGAAGAGCAAAGAACAAGCAAGGUGUCCCACCAUCUUAUGAAGAAUUUCAAGCUGCAAAGGAGCGUAAGGAGGAAAAGAAACGUCAAAGAGACAAUAAGAUUGCAGAUAAUAAGACCAACAAGAAACAAAAGGCCGAUAAACCAAAGAAAAGCAAAAGCUCAAAGAAAUCCAAAGAAUCAGAAGAUAUUACCGAAAUAGCAGAGGACAUACCAGAAGUCAAUUAUGAAGAAUUGUCAGCAGCAAGGAAAUCACUUUUUGAUGAUGAAUCAGAAGAAGAAGUUGAGGAAAAACUUGAGACUCUUGAUGAUUUAGAUGAUGAAUUCGAUGUUGAUGGUGAAGAUAUUGAUGAUGAUGAUGAAGUUCAUGAAAGACCAAUGUUUUCGGAUGACGAAAGUGAUGGUGAUAUUGAAAAGGUCAACGCUGCAAAUAUGGAGGAAUAUUCUAAACAACUUGAUUUGGAGAAGGAACAAGAAGAUUUAGAAGCACAAGAAGAAUUAUUAGGUGUUAACCAAGUUCAGCCAAGAGCAAAAAUUUUGCCUGCAGAAGGUGAAGAAGAUCCAGCAGCCCAAACAAAGGACGGCGCUAUUGAUCUUACAUUUGUUAGAACUAGGAUGCUUGAAAUUGUUAAGGUUUUGGAAAAUUUCAAAGAAUUGGCUGAAGAAGGACGUAGCCGUAGUGAAUAUAUCGAUCAAUUAAUCAAAGAUAUUUGUGAAUAUUUUGGAUAUACCCCAUUUUUAGCUGAGAAACUAUUCAAUUUAUUCUCCCCAAGUGAAGCGUUAGAAUUUUUUGAAGCAAAUGAAAUUCAUCGUCCAGUUACAAUCCGUACAAAUACUCUCUUGACAACUAGAAGAAACUUGGCACAAGCAUUGGUCAACAGAGGUGUAAACUUACAACCAAUUGGUCCAUGGACAAAAGUUGGUUUACAGAUUUUUGACUCUCAAGUACCAAUUGGUGCAACUCCUGAAUACUUAAGUGGUCAAUAUAUAUUACAAGCGGCAUCUUCUUUCUUACCAGUUAUGGCAUUGGAUCCACAAGAAAAUGAGAGGGUUUUGGAUAUGGCAGCUGCGCCAGGUGGUAAAACCACCUACAUAUCAGCAUUGAUGAAAAAUACCGGUUGUAUUUUUGCUAAUGAUGCAAAUAAAGCACGUACAAAAUCGUUAAUUGCUAACAUUCACCGUUUAAACUGUUCGAAUACAAUUGUUUGUAACUACGAUGCAAGAGAAUUUCCAAAAGUUAUUGGAGGAUUUGACAGAAUCUUAUUAGAUGCACCAUGUUCGGGUACAGGUGUUAUUGGUAAGGAUCAAAGUGUCAAAACGAGUCGUACGCCUAAAGAUUUCAUUGAAAUUCCACAUUUGCAAAAGCAGCUAUUACUAAGUGCAAUUGAUUCUGUCGAUCAUACUUCAACCAAUGGUGGUAUUAUUGUUUAUUCUACAUGUUCUGUUAUGGUUGAAGAGAAUGAAGCUGUUAUUGAUUAUGCAUUGCGUAAAAGACCAAACGUAAAAUUGAUUGACACGGGAUUGACUAUUGGUAAAGAUGGAUUUACUAGUUUCAGAGGUAAAAAAUUUGACCCAAGUGUUAAACUAUCAAAGAGAUACUAUCCUCAUGUUUACAAUGUUGAUGGGUUCUUCGUUGCUAAAUUUAAGAAAUUAGGACCAUCACCAUUUGAUAAGUCAAAGGCAGGCGCAUUUGAAAAGGAGAAGAUGGCCAGAGAAGAAGCAUUGAAGGAAGGUUUGAUUUCCGAUGAUUUUGCCAAAUUUGAGGCAGAAGAAGAUAAAGAAAUUAUGAAACAUUCCAUCAAGGUCAACUUACAAAAGAAGGGAAUUGAUCCAAGAAAAGUUGAUAUUGAGAAGAAAAUUGAGAAGUUGGAAGAAAAGAAAUGA